GACUUCAUCGCCAUACGUCUACUACAUCCUUUUACACUUCUGGAAUCUCCUGAUUAUCGUUACUGCAUUCUCUUUGACUACACUUCAAUAUUUCUUUCUGCCUCAAUUGACGUCGUUUCGAUCCCUGUCAACAUUAUUCCCGAACAUCCAUCCUUACGAACGAGAUCGUAUACUUUCCAACAUGUAUCCUGCUAUCUCCUGGGAAUAUCGUAAUGAUGACACGUGGGGUCAUCGUGCGGGCGGCAUCGCAAUAUUUCUGAGAUUUCAUGUGGACUGCGUCGUGGAACGUCGAGAGGGAUCUUUACUGGACUGCAGCGUGGGACUUCGAGGGACCUCUACUGGACUCUGCAACGUGGGACUUCGAGGGACUUCUAUUGGACUCUACAGCGUGGGACUUCGAGGGACCUCUACUGGACUCUGCAACGUGGGACUUCGAGGGACUUCUAUUGGACUCUACAGCGUGGGACUUCGAGGGACCUCUACUGGACUCUGCAACGUGGGACUUCGAGGGACUUCUAUUGGACUCUACAGCGUGGGACUUCGAGGGACCUCUACUGGACUCUGCAACGUGGGACUUCGAGGGACCUCUACUGGAUUCUGCGGCGUGGGACUUCGAGGGACCUGUGGACUGUAUCCGGAACUUUUUCUGAAUUGCAACUUAGGACUUUUAGACUGCGGCGUGGGACUUCGUUUAGAGUCUGCUACAUGAAUUUAGACGUGAGAACAUACAAAUAUACCAACAGCAAUAUAUCAUCAAAGAAACUUAACACCCUCCAACCAAUACGGAUGAUUUCAAUUACUAUAUAGAUAUCAGAAAUGAUUAUUGAAUUUUAAAAACCAUCAAUGAUGACUACGGAGUUUAACGUCCUCCUGAACGAUCAGACGCUGGCUUCUGAAAAGAAAAGCUCACUUCGCCUGUGCAACGUUAUUUUCUUUUUUUUUUUCACAACGCAAUUUUCAUGCUUUCGUAAUCAUCGUCGUAAUCGAUUGCAAUUUCAACCAUAAUGUUUUAAUGCUUUUCGUUACAGAUUUAAAUAUUUUCAAAGAGCCACUGCUCUAUAUUACAUCGAUAUGAUGCUAUUGUUUAAUAUUGUAACACAUCUGUUCUUUUAAUGAUCUUUAUAAUGCUUGACUGUUUCUGCUGUAUUGAUUUAUCUAAAAAUUGUGCAAUGUGUAACUAUUGUAUGAAAAAAAGUAAGGAUCAAAAGAAAAGAACAAAACUUAUUUUUAAAAAAGUACAAAAAAAGUAAAAGUACAUGAUAAAAGAAAAAAUGAAAUAUACAAGAUGUUUUGAAGUGACAAACACAAGCAAAAAAUGGAAGAUUUGAUAGUUUUUAUAUUUGGAGAAGAUGUGCAUUUUUCUUGUCCUUAGAAAUUUGGCAAUCAGCGACUUUGGCUAGUAGUACUAUUAGGGACCAUAAUGGAUGAUGGAUCUCAAGAUGUUGCUAGCUUUGAUUAAAAAAAUUACAAAAUUUUAGUACCACUGAGACCAGAAUCACACAUCUUUGCAGAGUUCCAGCAAAUAGCAUAUCCUUCUAAAACAACAAGAUUGUGACUGUUCCAGGUACAACCUCUGGCUACUAUGGGGGUCUACCAAUCACUGUCAAUGGAUACUAUGUUACAAUUAAAGAACAAUGAGGAGUUUUAAUUAAGAAUGAAGUCACUCAUUGUAGGAGAUGAUGACAUUGAAAUAAAAACAUUAAUAUACACUUUAUAUGAGAAUGUUUACGGAAAAAAUUUAAUAAAAAUAAAUGUUACAUA